AAAGAAAAAAUACGUGAAGUGAACCUGAUUUGUGAAUCUGAAUCAGGGGAGUACAUGAAUCUUAGUUUUAGAAGGAAUAAAAGUGUGUAAUUACUUAACUACUGACUUUAAAUUUCAUUCUUAUCCAGUUUUAAAUAAAAAUAAAACAAACAGUCGAAUGACAACAAACAAGUAAUAAUUUUAUAAAAACUUAGAAUAAAAGCUGCUAUAGCUUAUUCAAUAACCAAACCAAAAUGAAAGUCGAUACAAAUCGGCUUAAGAAAGGCACUUCGGAGCUAACUCCGGAGUGUCGCCAACUAAUAGAGGACAUGAAUUCGCGAAAGACACGAAAAGAGCUCUUGGAAUAUUUGGAGAAGCUCCGUGGCUGGGUUUAUGGAAAGUGUGAACUCUAUCACUGGAUUGAGCUUUUAGAUCGUUUUGAUGACAUCUUGGCAGAAGCUGCAAAAGAAAAUCCAGAAAACGAAUUUGCUUUGUAUUGUGACACAAAUUAUACACCAUCGGAUGUUCGGCUUUUGCUUUAUGUAAUAAAUUUUACAACCCUCUUGAUAGAACAUUCAUUUUCAAGACAUUUGUAUAAUUCUAUUGAACACUUGACUCAAUUACUUUCAUCAACAAACAUGGACAUAGUCAUGUGUGUCUUAAAUCUUUUAUAUAUGUUCUCCAAACGGAGCAACUUUAUACCGAGGUUGAAUAGCACAAAAAAAGUGUCCCUGCUUAAUAAACUUUUUAACUUUGCUGAGAGCUGGGGAGGAAAGGAAAACGGAUUUUCACUUGCGCAAUGCUGUAAAAAAGAUGCCCGACUUCCGCGGUCAUCAUCAACACUGUAUUUUGAAUACUAUAAUGCUGGAGGGCAAUUGGAUUUUAUAGAAGUUCCUGGCCUUGAUAAAAUCAAAGAAUCACCCGCCUCCAUGGCAAAAAUAGUUUGCGAUAAAAUUCCACACUUGGGAGAUGAUCAAAGGAUGCACAUUCUAACUAGAAUCCGCUUGGCAGCAACUUUCCAUAACUAUCGCAUGAGAUUACAAUUUGUCCAAGCACGCUUACAAGCAAUUUCGGUGUUGGUGUAUUCAAAUGCAAUACUGGACAAUAUUCAUAAUUUACUAUAUCCUGGAUUUUUGGAGGAAUUGGUUGAGCUUUUGGAAGUAAAAGACAUUCAUUUGGUAGAAAUAAGAGCUGCUGCUUUAAGAACAUUGACGUCAAUCAUUCAUUUGGACAGAAAUCCACAUUUUCCAAAGAAACCUGGAUCUCGUUUGUCAAAAAUUAUAGAGGUUACAGGAGCAGCGCUGUACCAUGGAUUCUUACCCACGCUAGUACGUGCUUGCAUUAAUCACCUAAUAUCCAUUCAAGCAAAGGAAACCGAUCUUGUUGCAUCUUACUCAGUAAUGCAUCAAUAUACCUUUGCUUACGAAAAUACCAAUAUAACCGAAUUCGACAUAUUCAAGCAAACUAAUCUGUUUCCACUAUCACUGGCCACAGCAUUAUUUAGUUUCCUUUACCAUUUGGCCUCGUAUGAAGCUGGAGGCGAGGCUCUGGUGGCUUGUGGUAUGAUGGAAUCCUUACUACGUGUUAUCAAUUGGCCGGGGGCUGAUCUGGAGCAUAUAACCUUUGUGACAAGAGCAGUACGAGUCAUUGACUUGAUUACCAAUAUUGAUAUGCACACGUUUCACAGUAACAACGGAUUGGGAGCAUUUAUUCAGCGACUUGAAACUGAAGUUCAUCACUGUCGUCAAGACCAACAAGAUGGCAAAAAGAAGAGAAGGAGGAGGACAGCUGAAAUUGAUUAUACAAAUAAACAUGACAUCAAAAGUCCCAUUCGUGAGGGUGAAGAAGAUUCCGAUAUGACCGAUGCCGAAGGUAUAAAUUUAGAAUUCGAACACGAAAGAGACAAGGACGAAAACGAAGAUAGCAAUAUUUCAUCAGAAAGCGAUACAAAAUCCCUGCACUACAAUGAGCCGGGUUCCUCUUCUUCGAAUGCAAGCACUUCUGGUUCGAAAAGAGAAACUGAUUCCAAUGAAAAGGAUAAAAAGAUGGCAUGUGUAACACAACGAGCUGCUCUUCUGAAAUCAAUGCUUAACUUCUUGAAAAAGAGCAUUCAAGAUAGUGCAUAUAAUAGUGGCAUGAGAAAUGUAAUGGAAAGCAGCUUGCCACGUUCCUUGCGCAACAUAAUCAGCAAUGCUGACUAUUAUGGUCCCUCAUUAUUUCUGCUUGCAACAGAUGUAGUUACAGUCUAUGUUUUCCAGGAACCGUCUCUGUUGUGCACAUUGCAAGACAGUGGUCUAACAGAUAUAGUUUUGCGUUCACUUUUACGUAAGGAAGUUCCAGCUACGAGAGAAGUGUUAGGCUCACUCCCGAAUGUAUUUUCUGCACUGUGCUUGAAUGCGCGCGGCUUAGAAGAGUUCUCUUCUUAUCAUCCAUUUGAUAGACUCUUUCAAGUCUUACUUUCGCCAGACUACUUGAUAGCAAUGCGUAGACGUCGCAGCUCAGAUCCUUUAGGUGACACGGCAACGAAUUUGGGCAAUGCCAUGGAUGAUCUAAUCAAGCACCACCCAAGCUUGCGUACCGAUGCCACCAAGUCCAUAAUAAAACUUUUGACCGAACUUGUUCGUAUUGGAAGUGACCCUCACUUCAUUUGCUGGCGAGCAAAUAAUAACAAUGCCAAAUCUGACACUGGUUCAGCAUCACAGUCGAGUGCAGCUCGGAAUUCCAACAAGGACAAUGGGAACGGAAGUAGUGGCGAAGACGACGACGACGAGGAAAUUUCAUCAGCCUCUCAACAGAGGAGUUCAAAUAGAAACGAAAACGCUGCCUCCAGCUCAAGAGCAUCCUUUACCCAAAGUGCAACAUACCAGCAUUCUGGCAAUACCCCCGAGGAGCGUGAGCCUGUUCCAUUGAUUGAUUAUAUCUUAAAUGUAAUGAAGUUUCUCGAUGCCAUUAUCAGUAAUGGUACUAAUGGAGAACACUGCCGAGAAUUCGUUAGCCUUGGUGGACUGCAGCCGCUGCUCUCAAUAUUGUCACUGCCCAAUUUGCCAGUUGACUCUCCGGUCACAACAACAGCCCAAGCAGUUGCAACAGUUUGCAAAUCCGUUUUGAAUCUAGCCCACGAAACAAAAGUAAUUGAAGUAGCAAUCGAACAACUUUCACAAGUUGUUGAAAAACUCAAUCCUCUAGUUGUCCAUAUGAAUUCUCCAGAAAAAAGUAUCCUCCUUAAGGAGUUGACUAAUUGUCCGAGAAUGGAAGCUGGAUUUUCCAACGCUGAUUACACCCCACUGUUGCAUGCAAUGAGCGCAGUCCAUGGAUAUGUUGUAAUGCUAGUUCACAUCUGUCGCAGUAGCCAGAAUGAUGUUCGUAUGCUUCUACUGCGCAAAUGGGGAAUCGAUUGUGCCAGAGGCAAAAAGCUCCUGCAAAGCUUGGUUCAACUGUAUACAUCUUUGGUUUGGGAGAGUACUAUUUUGCUAGGAAUGUGCUCAGAAGAUAAUGCAAAUGCAGCAAAAGGCGCCGACUUCAAUAAUUAUGAAGAGAUAAAUCGAAUUCAAACAGAACUCAGAAGAGAUACCGUUGAUAUUAAUGAAGAGUCUUCAGAGCAAACUCCUCCACAAGUCUCAACCCCAUCAUCCUCAGCGACCACUACAUCUGCAAGUGAAAGUGUUUCAACAUUCGCAACAACCUCAACGGUUGCGAGCGAAACAAUUACCCAACAAUCUUCAGAGGCCAGAGUUGAUAUGGACAUCGAUGAUGAUGUUAUAUGUUUGACUCCAUUCCCAUCAUCGUCCAAUGCAAUGGGAGUAAGUGAUGUUACAAUUCAAUCUACGGUUGCAGGGAACGAUGAGGCAAUCUCAAUUGACUCGACCACAUCGUCUUCAGAUUCAGUAGUUUAUGUUCCAAAUCGUGUUGACGCAGGAAAGGAAGAAUCUGAAACUAAAUGCUCAUCCGAUCAAGGUAUUGGCGAGAAGAUAGACGGCGACACAAAAAGACGUGAAAAGGGAGCUCCUGGACAAUUGCGCUAUAUCAAAGCCCUACUGGCGGCAUCUUCGAGGCUCGGACGAGCAUUAGCUGAAUUGUUUGGUAAUUUGGUAAAGCUUUGUGUUGGCACACCUGGUCGCCAACGACGCACAAACGAACUCCUAUCUACUGCCAACUUCCCAUGCACAGAAGCAGGAGACAUCGCGAGAGUGUUAAGUUACAUACUAGUUAAUGGCUUUUGUUAUGAGAAGAUAGUCUCUCCAAGUGUUCCAAAGCUUAAGUUGACUUUCUUGAUUUGUUCAGUUGGAUUCACUGGGCCCAUGCUCUUUGAUGAAAAACGCUACGCAUUCCAUUUAAUGCUGUCUCAGUUUUGUGAGGAAGGAGGCCUUGAGGCCUUCUUUGAUAUGUUCAAAUGGGCACUCUCCUAUGGCUGCGCUGACGAAGAGAAGGAAAACUUUAUCAAAGGCAAUGAGUACGCAGAAGGUACUGGCGAAUUCUUAGACGCAUGGUUGUUACUGCUUGAAAAAAUGGUAAAUCCUCGAGCAAUUUUCGAAUCUCCGCAUUAUAUAACUUCGCGGCCCACAUCUGGACCAGCAGGCCAACUACUUGAAUUCGAACCAGUCUUCUACAUGGUGAAGGUUCAUUCAUUAGCUUUGAACGCACUCUCCGAUAUUUGGGAUAAGAAACCACUUCCCAAUUAUGGCAUUCGGAUGGCUGAGUCUAUAAUGGCUAUCAUGAAGCAUAUACUUAAAAAUGAAACGAUGCUUCGUGAGAAGUACCAAAAGCGAAAAGAAGAAAUUAAGAAGGUCGAAGAAGAAGGCGAAGCACGAAAGGUUUACAGAGAUUCUGUUAAAAAAUCUGUAAAUUUGAAUCAUUUGAAGUUAUUCAUGGACAUGGGAUUCUCUGAAGUGCACGUAAGCGAGGCUCUCGCUGUCACAAAUUCAGUAGAGCAGGCAACUGAUUUCCUAUUAAAUCGACCUGAAUCAAGCGGAAAUGCUUCUGCAACUGCAAUGUCACGAUUAUUGAGUUUUGAGCAAGAAUUGGACGACGAUGAUGAUGAUGACAAUGAUGAAGAAGGCGCGGACAAUAGUGAAAUAGAAGUUCAGAGUCAGGACAAACCCGCAAACGUUGACAAACCCACAUCUGUGUCAGAUACAGAAGCAUCACAACCUGCUCCACAGGUAGCGGAACCUGAAUCGAAGAACAAAACAACUUGGAAAUCAGUGCAGUUACCCGAUGCAGUUGCAAUUGAUAACUUUUGUAGAGAAGCCUUGAAGAAAACGUUCAACACAAUGGACCAGCUACCAGAAACUGUAACUUCUGGCGCUGACCUGUUGGCUGUUCUCUAUAGACGUCACACUCCAGAUAUGAAACAAAAAUUCUUGUUAACUUUAGUUCAGAAUAUUACAGAUUGGGCGGAGAAAAUGUUGCACAAUCUUAAAGCUCGUGAUGCUUUGAAUUCUAGCAAACGUGAAGAAAUACUUAUAGGUCGCUAUGGAAUAAAACUAUAUAUAAGGCUUAAGGUUGGUUGUCUGCUUCUUGACGAUAUCUACAGGGAUAUGCGUAAAACCUUUUGCAUGGCCAUUCGACAUGAAAAGUCACUGAGCACUCUAAUAAUGUUGUUGCACAAAAUUGAAUCGAUCUUACAAGAACACAUUGCGUUGGGGGCACCUCCGAUUACCCCCCGAUGGUUGCAACAUUUGAUUGAAUUCAUUGAUUCUAUUGACAAUGCUUGCCACAUAAUGCAGCGGAAAACAAAUAUGCUCGCAGUGACAACAAAAACAUGGAAAUGGUUCGAUUCUCCCGCUGGCAAAUGGAAUGCAUAUUCAAGUUCCAACAACGAAAUCAUUCACAAAGCAUUUGUGGCCGGAGAGCGAUCAGUACGCAUCACAUGCGGUCGACAAAAAUACACAAUUAAUUUUAACUGCAUGUCCCAAGUAAAUGAAGCCACUGGCAACCAUAGACCGAUUAUAUUGGGACUUAAAGUCAACGAAGUCACUGAUGGAAGCUCAAAAAUAGAAUCUUCUAUCAUAACAUCGGAAACUUCUUCUGACUCCGAUUCCGGAGAUCAAUCAGAGGCCGCCGAUCAAAGUGCUGUGAACACACGGUCGGCAGGUUCCCAGGCAGCAGCCGACAUUCCCCAAUCCCGAUCCUCAUCGGAUGGUGGAAGUAUUGAUUCCAUUGCUGUUGGUAAUACCGAAUCGAGUGUAUCUGGAUUGUUUGAAAUCGAUGACGACAGCAAGCUUGAAGGGGACAUCGGUGAAGGAUUGGAAUCUGGUUUGAAUAGAAUAGUUCUUCAUGAGGAGCCAACUGGUUUACAACAGUACGAUACAGGAGCUAUAGUGAGUUGUCUAGCGCGUUUGAUGCGUCCCAAGUUAGCCAUUGAUUUGGAUACAAUAAAUUCAAUUUUGAAACUAUGUGUAAAGCUUACAAAAGAUGCAGAGAGUGCAAAAGUGUUUGCAAACAAUGGUGGCAUUAAUCUCUUAUUGAGUAUGCGUCAAAUGUGCGGCUACAUGGGAUUCCCCACGUAUGCCAUUUUACUGAUCCGACACGUUCUUGAAGAACCUCAAACUCUGCUUGCGACUAUGGAACGAGUUAUUGCAUCUCGUACUAUGUCAGUGAUUCCAAGCAAUCAUCGGGACUUAAUUUUUGUCCUGCGUCAAAUGAGCUCAGCUGUUUCACGUGAUCCAAAGACUUUCAUGCGUGCCGCCUCCAAUGUUCUUCGCUUAGACAACAUCAUGAAGGGCAAAUCAAAUUGCUAUGACGAUACUCGACUUAUAGUCAAGGCAUCAACAAUUGUUAGAAAAACGACAGCGCCAACACCAUCUUCGAAUGUUGACGACAAUGUGGCAAGUUGCAGUAACUCGCACUCAAGCGAAAAUGAUAUAUCAACAAGCGUCAUCAAGGACUUACUAAAGGCUCUCCUCUUGCCAUGCAUUCAUUUCCCACCACCGGCAGCAGCGAGAACAGCGUACAAAGAAAAAACACCAUUGACUUUUGGGGGAAUUACAUCUGCACCGAAAGCAUCAACUUCAGCAACAGAUGCAGGCUCCUUUGAAAAAACUCAAGCCGAUGACAGCCAAAGUGACCAAUGCUGUGGAUGGCAUGUUCCGAGCAGUAGUCAUUUGCAUGAUAAGCCCCUACUAACCAGGUCAACUAUUUUAAAAAUUCUUGCCGAUGCAGUUCGAUCCUACCAGACAUUUGCUCCCAAAUUGAUCACCGAACAUAUGUACUACGCCAAAGAUAGUGUUCUCAUAAAACAAGAUCAGUCGGCGCUAUCAUUUAUUCUUGACAAUUUUUUGCCUCUCAAAGAGAACUGUCAAGAUCGUGAGGUGAGCACAAUGGCUCGUGUUCUGAUAACAUCACUCUCAGACUGUGUCGACCAACUUUCAGUUCAGAACACCGUAAUAACUGAGGUCAAGGCUGCAAUAAGACGAGCUCUUAUAUUACCAGAAUGUUCGGACAAGCACAUGCGCUUACAAGUGUUUGUGGGGCUCUUGCCAACAAUGAUCGAUAAUCCGAUGCCGCUGAAUAAAAUAACACCGCAUCGAAAUGAAAUUCUUUUGAUACUCUUGCGCAAAGGAAUAAUGACAGAUUUGUCGAAAAUGAUUUUACAUCUUGAUCUUUCCAAUCCAAACUCUGUCACAACACUAAAUGCUGUCCUCAAACCAAUGGAAACACUCCUAAGACUUACCAUCUCUCCUGGAUUGUCAGCAAAGAAAAAGACAUCCCAGUUACAAUGUGAUCGGCGCAGCCGUGAUCAGCUUUUAAAUGCCGCACAGGGUUCGGGCAGUGGAACCACCACCAUACAUACAUUAUCAAGACGAUCAACCAAUGAUUUAGAUGCAGAUCAUAUAAUCCUAGAUGUGAUGGCCGAUCGUCCACGAGCUUCUGGUUUCUUUUUCUCUGGCGAUUCCAGAACAAGCGAACAGUUCAAUAAUAUGUUCGAUGGUAUUCUGGGAAAUGAUACAGAAUAUUUUAAUGAUGGAGUAUUUCGACAUCUUAAUGUAGGCUUGAAUGAUACAGAAAGCCCAAAUGCUGAUGUCGCUUUCGAGACGAGCAGUGAAUCAAGUGAUUCGGAAUCGAAUGCAUCUGAAGACAACGAUGAAAGAGAUGGUGAUGAUGAUGAUGGAAAUGAAGAACAUGGAGAAGAACGCAGUGAAGCUGAUGCAGAUGAAGAAACCAGACAGUUUAUUGAAAUUUUUGACCAUGCCUAUGCUCCAGAUCAGCCGAGAGCUUCUACAAGUGAUCGUCGUUUAGACGGAGUUCCUAUAAUUCGUUAUACAGUUUCAUCUAAUUUGAAUCCAUCAGGAUCUGGAACGAGUAGUGGGGCAUCAACCAGCGGCGCCGGUAGUGGUAGCAACCUUGACAAUUUAGUUCUAGUGCACCAAACUCGGCAACGCAACACCAACGCCAGUGUUUUGAGCCGUUCGUUCAAUCCCAUUCAUCAACAACAACUACCAAGCAUUAACAUUGGCAUCGUUCGUUCUUCGCCAGCCACUGGUCCAAGUACAAGUGCUAGAAAUAAUAACAGCAUUGACGAUGAUCUAAUUGCACGUUUUAAUUACUAUAUUCAUCAUGGACAAUCAUUGUCGAGUGGAACUGGGACGGCUUCUAUUCCAGUUCCCAGCAGUAUGAGUAAUCAACUAGGUGGCGGUGGUGCUUUGGGAUCAUCUGGUGGCGUUCAGUUUGGCACUAAUGCCACUGUUGGUGCUGAAGAUGCAAGUGAAGGACGCGUUCCCAGCUCAAAUAAUAGACUGCAACGCGAUUCUCGAAGAUUGCUGUUAGUUGAUCAACAGUACUGUACAUCUCAUUCAUUUAACAAUUCCGAUGAGAAUCAAAAUGAACUUUUCAAUCAAGAUGCACUUCAUUGGUGGCUGGAGGAAGCCAAACAUUUGGAUAUGGAAUCCCAACCAGAUAUUUGUUUAACAGUUGCUCAUCAGUUAAUACCCGUAUUGCAAGAAUUGCGCGCUAAAACAAAGAGGCGCAAGAGGAAAACAGCGUCUGUGAUAGCUCAAGCAGGAUCAACUGAUGAAUCUGCAAAGGUUCAAGGACAAGAAUCAACUGAAAUUAGUACACCAAGUGCUAAUGUAACUACACCAGCCGUCCCAAGCAAUACAUCACCUAGUAGCAGACGGAGUGCAAUUCCCAUUUUACUCCCAAGAAAUUCAGAUGCACGUGAUGCAAAUUCGUCGUCUGAUAUUGUUGAUCCUAUAAUUGAAUUCAAUUCACUAAAUGACGAAGAAAUUGAUAACCAAGACCUUGAUACAAAUGGUGGAAACACACAAGAAAAUUCAAGUGUUAAUCUAUCGCCCGUUACUAGCCGUGAUGCAACAAGAGAACCAGACGUUGUUGAAAGUGGUGAUGAUUCUAACUCAGAAGGUGAACCUCUUACACCCCAAGAUGCUUCAAACCAAUCUGAUUCUCAAGCAAACCAAAGUUUAGCUACAAACUUACACCAACGAAUAACCACGGAAAUGGCUGUGGCUGCAUUAGCUGAAGCCGCAUUGGUGCCAUUGCCAGACGAUGAUGAAGAAGAAGAUGAGGAUGACGAUGAAGAGGAGGAAGCUGAAGCGGAGGAACGCCAAGAAAUUGAUAAUGACGACAAUGACGAUGAGAACGAGGAUGAAGGAGAAGAUGAAGAGCUUAAUGUAGAAGAUGUUAUAAUGGACUUUGAUGAUGAAAUCCAGAAUGUCUUAUCACAGUUCUCGGCGCCAACACAUCCUCAGGAAUUGUCUAGUUCGAUAGGUAUGACAGGAGCUUCUCAAAGUGCUACAACAAGCUCAUAUCAAUCAGAUCGUAAUACUGAAGGCAAUUCAGAAGCAUCAGAGACAACAACUUCAUCGUCUCUAUUGAAUGUAACUCUUGGAACUUUGCCAACAACGUCUUCAAAUGUUGCCAAUACACCACCUUCUACAACUGAUAACUUGUCCUCAAGUUCUUUACCAAUCGACGCCGAAGGUUCACCUCCGUCUGGCACAGCAUCUGCCGCAACUGACGAAAUGAGUCCAGAAGUUCGUCAGGUACUUGGUGAUCUUCAAAUACCUGAAGGCGUUGAUCCAUCAUUUUUGGCUGCUCUGCCAAGCGAAAUGCGUGAAGAAGUUAUUCAAGAACAUUUACGUGCACAACGAAACCGUCAAAGAGCCCAACAGAAUGCAAUUGAAACCGAACAUGAAUCCUUAAUUGAAGUGAAUCCUGAUUUUCUGGCUGCACUGCCUCCAAGCAUUCAAGCCGAGGUAUUGUCACAACAACGUAUUGAACAACAAAGACAAGCAGCGCAAACUGCUAAUCCGAAUGAUCCCGUAGAUGCGGCAGCAUUUUUCCAAAAUUUGCAACCAUCUCUCAGGCAAGCGAUUUUGACUGAUAUGGAAGACUCUCAGAUCGCAAGUUUGCCACCUGAUUUAGUAGCUGAAGCGCAAAAUCUAAGGCGUGAUUGGGAACACCGCAAUCGCCAAACUCUGCAUGAGCGCUUAGUUACUCAUUCCCAAGCCAACUCAACUCCAGCUAUUGGUGGAACAGCAUAUAUUCCACCAAGAAUCCCAUCCAUCCAAAACCUACGAGGUCGUCCGAGCUGGCACACAAAUUCCGUCUGGUACAAUUCUCACUCAUCCUCAUCUAACGGCCCUGGCGAUGCAAGUUUCCAAAAGCUCCAGGGUAAACCAGUUGCGUUGGCUUUGAUGGAAACCGAAGGAAGUCUCCUCGAUGUAGACGCCUUGUCUGCAUUGCUUUUAAUGUUGUUCAUUGACGAUGCAAAAUUCAACAUACUUCGACUGCAUCGUGUAAUUCGUCAUUUAUGCUAUAACAGUGGGACAAGAGAGUGGAUAAUUGAUUCGUUGAUUUCCAUCAUUAAAAUGGCUGAUAAAACCGAUAUCACGAGAACAGAUGGUAAGCUCAUCAGUAGACCACAAUACCUGACGUUAAGAGUUGAUGCAGCUCUCGGCUAUCGCUCCAGCGUUUUUCUAAUUAAACGUGGUAUUGAACAAAUCUGUAAGGAAACAUCCUAUUGCGGAACGGAAGGUAAUGCCAUUCGAAUUCAUCCCCAGGCAGCACAAAUGGUGUGCCGAAACUCGCUUGAUCUUUUGAUAACGUUGGCUCGAUACUUCCCAAGAGACUUUGUACCAUUUAGAGAAAUAGAAAAUAUCACAGAAAAAACCGACACGAUAGAUUCAAAAUUGAGGGGAGAAAAGGAUGGACAAAUUAGUACCCAAAACCCGUCGACUAAUCAAAGCUUGAGUUCAGCUGCCGGUGUUUGGUGUACUAACAUUGCGAAGAAACCAAAAAUUUCUCAUUCACCGUCACCCACUGUGCCCAAAGAGGAAGAAUCAAAAGUAGCAAGUACAUCAACGGCCGCAGGUGUAAAGAAGAAAACUCCAUCAGUAUUUGACGUGCUUCUUAAGUUGGAUUGCUCGACUCGACCUUUCCAAGCGAACAAUAGCUCCAAAGAAGCAUUCUUUGUUCUUAAUCCACUGCCUCACAGAGCAAAAUUGGACUUUUUAUCGUUUGAAGACUCUCCGUUUGCACAAUUGAUGUCACUUCUCCCAACGAGUGUAGUCAAAAGGUCUCAACAACUUACUGAUAAACUUGUUCGUCUGCUCGCUUCAUUGGGAGUUGAGCUUCCGAAAGAAGACAAAGUAACCCCUGUGGCAAUAGACGAUGAAAUAGUUGAAACUGUUGACACUGAGACACCCAAAGCAUAUCUUGCAAGUGAAACGCCAGUGGUGCCUGUGGCGAAACCUCACGUUAUAGAUGUCCAUGACAGUGACAGUGAGCCCGACGCCAUUCCCUGCAGCGAUGAAGAUUCUGAAAGCGAAAGCUACAAACCUUGCAAGAAAUAUGCUAAGAAAGCUCGACCGACUUUACUUUACCCAAGCAGAAUUCAGCAACUUAAAAUUGCAAUUGAAGUUCUAACAACAAAGAGUUGCUCUGAAGAGGGCCUGGAAUAUGUCACCGAAUUAAUAGUUCACUUAAGUCAGUGCUCAGCUAAGGCCAAUGAGAUUGUCGUUCAACUAUUAAUCCAAGGGGUAAUGGGCUUAGCAGAAUUGGUGCGCAUGCAAAUAUUAAGUCUCAUGAAGGAAGUCAAGGAAAAUAAUCUCAAGACAAACAAUGAAAGUGAUUCUUCUGCUGCAAGCAAAAACCAGUCGAAAAUGGGUCGUGGUGGAAUAAUAAACGAUCGGUUUACGGCUGCUCAAGUAGUGAUCUCAGCUCCAACUAAAUCGAAACCUACUUGUGAGCUACAAUUGCCCAGCAUGAGUCCAUUAUUGACAAAAUCCUCUUCGCAAACAUUCUUCUUACGAACGCUUAAAGUUUUCAUGCAAGUUCGGGAUUUAGUUGAUUACAAAACUUUGCAAACAGUUACAAAAAUAGAACCACUGAGUGAGAUCAUUUGCCUGAAUGAACUGUGGGAUACUCUGAGCGAGUGUUUGGUGCAUUUGGAACAGACAAACGAUCAACAUGCAGUUCUCAUUCUACAACCGGCAGUUGAGGCGUUCUUUUUGAUUCAUGCUUCGAAGAAGAAACAGGCUACCAAAACAGUUCGGCCAGGCAAUCAUCGUUCGGACACAUUUACAAUUACCAGACGUCCAAUUGGCGGCUCUUCGACAGCAUCCCCGGCAAUUCCGAAUACUCUCGAUUUUACAAUUAAUGAGAGGAUGCCACAGCGCAAUGCCCCAAGCAGAGCUAGCGUUGGCGAGUCUACCGAACAAGAAAAUAGUGAUUCUGCAACGGUGGAAGACAGUGAUACAGCAUCUCUAACUGCCGCUAGCAGCUCAAGUAAAAGCACCGACACUGCUCCAUCAACAUCUGGCGCAGCAACUGCCGCAGCUAAAGAAGCUGAAAUACAACGACGUGAUCAAAAGAAAUUCCUUGAAUUUGCCGAAAAACAUCGCACAGUUCUCAACCAAAUUCUGCGCCAAUCAGCUACGCACCUUUCGGACGGUCCAUUUUCGGUGCUGGUCGAUCAUACUCGCAUUUUAGAUUUUGACGUGAAGAGGAAGUACUUCCGAACGGAGUUAGAACGAAUGGAUGAGGGAGUUCGACGUGAAGAGCUGACCGUCAAUGUAAGGCGUGUAACAGUUUUUGAAGACUCAUUCAGAGAGUUGUACAGACGUGGCCCAGAGGAAUGGAAAAACCGUUUCUAUAUAGUGUUCGAAGACGAGGAGGGUCAGGAUGCAGGUGGUCUGCUUCGAGAAUGGUACGUGAUUAUCUCGAGGGAAAUCUUUAACCCGAUGUACGCUCUGUUUUGCGUUUCGCCUGGUGACCGAGUGACUUAUAUGAUAAAUCCAUCCAGUCAUGCAAACCCCAAUCAUUUAUGCUACUUUAAGUUUGUUGGGCGUGUCAUUGCCAAAGCAAUACACGACAAUAAACUUCUUGAGUGUUACUUCACACGUUCAUUUUACAAACAUAUUCUUGGAAUCCAAGUCAAAUACACGGACAUGGAGUCACAGGACUAUGAAUUUUAUAAGGGUCUUGCAUACCUUAUGAGCAAUGACAUUUCUUCGCUUGGCUAUGAUCUAACAUUUUCAACAGAAGUACAAGAAUUUGGAGUCACACAGAUUCGUGAUCUUGUACCGAACGGAAGAAAUAUAACAGUAACUGAAAAGAAUAAAUUUGAUUAUAUUCGUUUGGUUUGUCAGCUCAAAAUGAGUGGAUCUAUUCGUCAGCAGUUGAAUGCAUUUUUAGAAGGGUUCUAUGAUAUAAUACCGAAACGGUUGAUAUCGAUUUUCAAUGAGCAGGAAUUGGAACUGCUUAUAUCGGGUCUCCCAAAUGUUGACAUAGAAGACUUGAAGCAAAACACCGAAUACCAUAAGUACAAUUCGAAGUCACCACAGAUUCAAUGGUUUUGGAGAGCAUUACGGAGUUUUGAUCAAGCUGAUCGCGCAAAAUUCUUGCAGUUUGUUACUGGAACAUCCAAAGUUCCUUUACAGGGUUUUUCAGCCCUCGAAGGCAUGAAUGGAAUACAAAAGUUCCAAAUCCAUAGAGAUGAUAGAUCAACUGAUCGGUUGCCCUGUGCUCAUACAUGUUUCAAUCAACUGGAUCUGCCACUUUAUAAAUCAUUCGAAAAAUUGCGGACAUGUUUAACGAAAGCAAUUCAUGAAUGUUCUGAAGGAUUUGGAUUCGCUUAAUCAGAUGAUUUCUUGAAAACUUAUUACAUAUAUUAUACAAACAAAAAAUUAUUUUACAUUUAAACAUAUUAACGGAAAUUAAAUAAACUACAAUAUUCUUAUCAAAAUAAAUGAAUGUACUAAAAGA